UGGUGUGUACUGUAGUGGUUCGGGCAGACCUGUCAAAAUUUUGCAGGAAAGCAGUGAGCUACCGCACAUGCAUCGCUGUUUACUUUGCGGAGGCCCGUCGUUUCCCGUGAUUAUUGCCGUUUUACACGUAAAAGGCCGCAGUUAGAGCGGUGUGUAAGAUGUGUUCCGCCGCCGCGGGCGUAGCGGUCCGCGCGUGCUUGUAGUUUCAUCCACGGUGCGUGUGACAGGUGUUUUUUUGCGUAACAUUCAGUGCAGCAAUGGGUGCAAAGGCGAGUACGGCGAACGGGGGGCAGAGUCCGCGGGCGAGGACAUUCUCGACGAGCUCGAGCAGCGAGGUGGUGUCGGGAGGUGCAGGGUUUAGUUUGUUGCGGGCGAUUCCUGGGAUCCAGGUGACAAGCGACCGCCAGCGGGCCAGGUCGCUGUCGUCGGUGCCGGACCUGCACGCGUCGCACGAGGCGAUCGCGAUCCCUCCGAGCUCGGCGAGCUACGAGGCCUCAGUAACCGCCAGCCCGGAUACAGACUCCAGCUCCAACGAGGAGGCCGGGCCGGGCCCUGGCGCCGCGCUGGCGCUCGGCCGCGUCUAUGCUGCUCACUCCUUGCCUUCACAUAUCUGGUCUAUAAAUGGAAUCAAAUGUCCAGUGUGCAGCAAGUUCGUGCUGCCAGAUGACAUCGAGUGCCACCUCGUCAUGUGUCUCACCAGGCCGCGCCUUUCCUAUAACGAGGACGUGCUCUCCGACUCAAAGGGCGAGUGCGUGAUCUGUCUCGAGGAGCUGACCGCCGGCGACACCAUCGCGAGGCUGCCCUGCCUCUGCAUCUACCACAAGGGAUGUAUAGACCAAUGGUUCGAGGUGAACAGAUCGUGUCCGGAGCACCCUGGCGACUAGUCGCCGCCCGCCCGGACCCACAGUGCCAUGCGCUAGUCGCGAGUGAUACUUUUAUACAAUGAACAGACUGCGGCAAACGCCUUGUAAAUAUAUUAUGCUAGUGAGAUGUUUUACCAAUUAAAAAAAUAAAAAUUAAAAAAUAAACGGUGCGUCCAGAUCUGUCAAAUGCGCCGCCAUUUUGAAAAAGGAUCGCUAGAGUCGCACCAAGCUAAAUCUUGGCUUAGCACGAGUGCGUCGCGACAGGGUGUGUACGAGGCUACCUGAAAAAAGUCAUUUAUGGCGUUAUUCAUAAACGCGUUACUGGCCUGAAUUUGCUAUAAAUCGUUUGUCUUUAUCUGUUAUUUUGACUCAUGUAUUUGUAAGAAAGGGAUAAAACAUAAUUUAACUUAAUCAGGCCCGUAAAGUUAUUUGAAUAAGGGGUUAGAGUUAAGGCCCUUUUUUCUAUUAUUUGACUUUUAAUCUAUUUUGCAUAGAGAUACGAGUUGAUAAUAUGUUGGACCUUUAACAAAAAGAAAAACGAAGUACUAUCUCGCACAAGAUAGACUACCCAUCAUUUUCUAAUUAAUACAUUUAGAAAAAGACCGGUAGUCUUAACUCGCACGUUAGAUACUGUCGCGGAGCGCACGUGCUAAGCUUACCGCACGGAUUCUGCUGUGGAAGUGCCUACCAUCUCGUGAAAUUCCUAUAAAAAUAUGACGUUUAUAUAUAGGUAUAGUACAUAACAUUUUCACACUUUUCCACUUCAAAAUUUGUGCAGAGUUCGCUUAGACGGACUUUAACUGCUAGCGUGCAUUUUGUAUGUGUGUAAUCGGUUCGCGAAUGUCGCGCGAACGAAUUCGGCAGAUCUGGACUUACCUAAAGACAAUUAUAGUAAUGGGAAAUUCGCGGUGAAGUUUUAAUUUUAAAUGAGAAAAUGUAAAUUUUACAAAGUUACUCUUUAGUUAAAGGCAUUAUGAAAUUGAGUGAUAUAAUUGUUUUUAUUUUAUAUUGUAUGUAUAAGCGUUGGUGGUCUCUCGGACUGUGAUUAGGUUUUAUUUAAAUCUUUUAACCAACCUGGCUUCAGGCUUGUAGUGAGCAGAGCCGUCUUAAACUAUGCUGGGGCCCUUAUGCACUCAAGAAUCUGGGGCCCUUUUGGAAAGUAAGGAAAGCGAAUUAAACUAACAUCCAACCCGACCAGACUCGGUUGCUCACUGUUACUGUCUGUUCUUCGGGGCCUUCUGAGGAUCGGGGCCCCCUGAGGAAGGGGCCUUGGUUCAUUGGCCCCGUGUGCCCUUAUGGUAAAGACGGUACUGGUAGUGAGUGCAUUUGGUGUCGAUAUGACGUCGCUGGGUAAAUUUUAGAGCGUUUUAUCAUAUUUCCUAUCAAAUCUAGUUUAAUUCGUGUGGAAGGUUAUCUCAUACCACAAUUGCCGGACUGAUCGACGUCAAUCCGCAGUGAAAUAUGCAAGUGCCCCAUAGAGGUACAAUAAUAUAGAGAGAAAAUGGCCCCUCCCCCAUUUGACCGAACGAGAUGCUCUUAUGGGACUUUCAGUAGGAGUAGCAGUAUACUCGUAGUCUCACUUUUCCUUGCUGCCUACUUCUAAAAAGUUCUAAGUGACGUAUUUUUUUUGCCAGCCGUUUAUCUGGUGGGGAACAAUGAACCCGACCCAAUUACGGAAGUUGUUUUUGGUAUGUUGUCAGGAAUGUUAAAACGUAUUCUAAAUUUUGUCGCAUUGCGUGUGUUCUGUCCUUCAGGGGCGCACGCGUAUAAUUAGCACAUCUAUGUAAUGUUUCUUGUUUUUCGUUUAAUAAAAACCAAACGUUUAUAUCAAUAUUUAUUUAUUGAGAAGGCAAAUAAAUCGCUUUGAUUUAACUUUAACCAAUGACGUCUAGGUAAAAAGUCUAACUUUCAGGUUUGGUUUUAUAAAGAUACCUAGGUACUUACUUUGUUUAUUAGUUAUGUCAUAAAACAUACUGUAUAAUAUUUAAUAAUUGCUUGGUUUUACAAAGGAAUGUUACUCCUCGUCAAAAAUGUACUGUAUAUUUAAUUAUGUGAAAGGUUAGUUCCGGAUUCGCCGGAUUCUUGUUUCGUCGGAUUUUCGUAUACUCAGAUUGUGACGCACUAAAGUAAAUCCGGCGAAACAGGAAUCCGGCAAAUCGGGAACUAUUCGAAAAAGAUUUAACAAAUCUAGAGGCCUAAUCAUCUUUAUAAAACCGACCCUAGAAUGCUUUAAAUUAUAAAAUAUGACGGUUAAUAGUUUCAAAAUUAUAACUUGGCUCCCUUAACACCUAAUUUUAAUAUAGGCUUAUUAUAGUAACCUAUAUAGUCCGAGAGACCAGAACUUGGCUCUUACGCUAUAGUGACACCUCCACCGGGUUCGGUUCCGUGCAGGUGACAUAUCUGUUUCUUAAGCUUAUAUAUAAUAUAUGAUUUAAUUUUUCAUCUUGAUAAUAAAGUUGAUUUGUUUCUAAAUUUU